AUGGGGAACGUGUUGGGGUCGCUGGUGUCGGGCUUCACCAAGGUCCUCGCCGACCUCCUCUCCAAGCCCAUCGACUUCCUCUCCGGCAAGGCAUGCAGCACGGCCUGCGGCCCGAUGUGGGACGUCCUCUGCUACAUCGAGAACUUCUGCGUCGCCAGCCUCGCCAAGACCGCCGUCACGCUCUUCCUCCUCUACCUAGGUAGGUAA